GUUCCUACAUUUGUAAGAGGACCACAUUCGGUAGCAAAUUACAGAUGGCGGGCAUUAACGUUACAUUGGUUAUUUUCUUUAUAUCUCUCGUGGUUCUGACAAAUUCCAUCACGGUUCAUCCCAGCAUCAAAGGAAAGUUUACUAAAUUAUUGAAAGAUACACACUGGAACUGGAAACAUCUAAAUACAGUCAUCCGACCUCAUGGUCCGGUAUCACUUGAUGUUGACGUCAUAUCCAAAUUUAGAUUGCACGGGAAACUGAAGUCAAACAACAAGGUAUACAGAGACUGCUCAGAAAUUCUGAAGGCCAAUCCAAGUAAAAAAGGAAAAGAUGCGGUCCACACAAUUUACCCUGAUCUGAAGAACAAGAAACUGGUCUAUUGUGACAUGACGACGGACGGAGGCGGAUGGACGGUCGUACAGAAAAGGCGGGAUGGAAUUACUAAUUUCUAUAACACUUGGAAUCAAUACAAGAUUGGAUUCGGUGACCCCAAGAAAAAUUAUUGGAUAGGAAACGACGUUCUACACUUGCUAACAAAGUCAGGAAACCAAGUCCUCCGAGUGGAUCUCCAGAGAUUUAACGGUCAGAAGGCGUAUGCUAAAUAUUCCAAAUUCUCUGUUGGUGACGAAAGCAGCAAAUACAGACUGACUGUGUCUGGAUACAGGGGCACGGCGGGAAACAGUCUUUCCUACCAUAACGGAAUGAAAUUUACAACAAAAGAUCAGGACAACGACAAGGGUGGAGGAAAUUGUGCGACGACAUGUAAAGGAGCGUGGUGGUAUAAGUCUUGUUACUAUUCCAACCUGAAUGGACAGUAUGCUAACUCCGCCGUGGUCAGUGGCAAGUACCUUAACUGGUAUCACUGGGGGAAUAAACACGAAGCAUUGAGAAGAACCUCCAUGAUGAUCCGACCUUUGACAUGAAUGAAAUUACUGUAACAUUGUUGAUCAGUAGAGAAAUAAAAUGAGAUCGAGAAAAACAGAA